GCUCGUGACAAUCGUUCACUUCCUCGGUGGUUUUGUCAGCCGCUUUUCCACAACCGAAGAAGAAGAAUAACCGGAAGUGUCACUCCUCCUGCUGUAGGCGCUAGCUAAAGCUACGUCGCUGCUAUCGUCUCAUCGGUUUGGGGUUUGAGGACGGCGACAGCAGCUUUAUCCCGGGUCCAGUCACGAACACCCGUCUUCACUGGGGUCUCUGGAGAGAUGAACAACAACGGGAAUAAGAGAGCUCCAACCACAGCCACUCAGCGACUUAAGCAGGAUUACCUCAGGAUAAAGAAAGACCCCGUGCCUUACAUCUGUGCAGAACCUCUCCCCUCCAACAUCCUAGAAUGGCACUAUGUUGUCAGAGGUCCUGAGAAAACACCUUACGAAGGAGGAUAUUACCACGGAAAACUAAUAUUUCCCAGAGAGUUUCCUUUUAAACCACCAAGUAUCUAUAUGAUUACACCUAAUGGGAGAUUUAAGUGUAAUACAAGGUUAUGUUUGUCCAUUACAGACUUCCAUCCAGACACGUGGAACCCAGCGUGGUCUGUUUCCACCAUCCUCACGGGUCUGCUCAGCUUCAUGGUCGAGAAGGGCCCCACCCUCGGGAGCAUUGAGACCUCAGACUACACAAAAAGACAGCUGUCGGCCCAAAGCCUGGCCUUCAACCUCAAGGAUAAAGUGUUCUGCGAGCUGUUUCCUGAUGUAGUUGAUGAGAUGAAGCAGAAACAGAAGGCCCAGGAGGAGUUAAGCGCCCGCACACAGCCCCUCCCCUUACCUGACGUGGUGCCCGAUGGUGACCCUCAACACGCCCACUACGGCAUACCUGCCCUUAACGGAGGUCCCGUCCCGCUCGCAGGUGCCAUCCCUGCCCCUGGUCUGCAGCAGGCCAAUCGCAACCACGGACUUCUGGGAGGGGCUCUGGCCAACCUGUUUGUCAUUGUAGGCUUUGCUGCGUUCGCCUACACAGUCAAAUACGUGCUGAGGAGCAUAGCUCAGGAGUAAGAAGAGCUGGCUUUGUAGGGUGACCCCCCCCCACCCCCCUGCAGGCGAGCCAGUUAGUGGACUCCAAAUUCUACAAACACACUAUGUGGGGGAGGGUUGAUCAGUCCAGGGUAAAACCCCUCCACAACCACCACCACCACCACAGACUAUGGAAGACGGAAACUCAAAGCUGACCCACCCAGGGAGGAUUGAGAGGAGGAGGUGGGGGAGUGGACGGGAGUGGACUAUAGGGCCGGGGCAGGGGUUGGAGGGGCUUAUUAAUAAGGUUGUGAUCCACUCUGGGCUUCAGAGGUUUAUGUCAGCAAUAGGAACAGACUUGGCUCAUGGGUUGUGGAAGACUUGUAAAUGGGCCAUAAACACAAACGUGCUUUACUGAGGUGGAAUGAAAUGCAGCAUUGUUCUCCUGCAAUGUCACCAACAUCACUGAUAACAUUUCUUUUAAGUAGAUCAUUCUAAAAGUAAAUCUGCCCUUCCUUUCUCUGCUACAGAAAGCCUCUGCAGAUUUCCCAUUAUACAGUCGUCUCAGGGUGGGAGGGGCAAUGUUGCAGUACUGAAAUUCAAAAGAAGAGAUUCCACAAAUGCGUGUGAGUGUUUGUCUUUCCAUGUCAUCAUCAUCUGGCAUCAGAUUUCAUCUCCUGCAGAGUUCAGAGUUUCAUUUUCUUUCUUUGGUCAUGACGUGGGUUCGUUCGAGUUAAUCUGGGGGGGUUUGAAAAAGGGAGCACUCAGUCAAACAGAAUAGACACUGGUCUGAAAUUUAAGCAGAUUACCCGAAAGCUCACUUCAUCAGUGCAACAUUAUCCCUGCCGCCCUGUCAAACACAGGUUUAUAUAUAUUAUAUAUAUGUGUGUGUUUGUGUGUUUUCAUCACAAACUGAACAUCAAAGAUAAGACCUUGUAGACUUUGUUGACAAGAAAAAGUAAAAAAACAACAUUUAUGACCUGCAAACAAUCAAUAUGCUCAUUAGUAAUCAGUGACUAAUAUCAAACAGCAGACUACACACAUAUAAACAUCAACACGCAAACAAAGGAGCAUUUGAAUACUGAGUAGACCGAAUUCUGAUGAUGCAACGCUGAAUGAAGUGAUUGAAGAACAACAACAGGGUAUUGACGAGUGUUUGUGAAUCGUGACUGACUCAGGGUCAGAGUUUGAUGGGAGUCCAGGUGUUGUUUCCAGUCAACCCAUGAGCCAAGCACUGAACCCAGUGUCUGUGCAGGAUGUCAGACCAGGACCUUUUCCUUCUCUUUUUUCAAUUGGCUUAGCUGACCAGUAUAGUAUAGCUCUAUAUAGGUCCAAGUAAGGAGACAUGAAAAGAACCAACAGUUUUGUGUCUUUCUGUUAAUUUUUUUCUUCCUGUGUUUUUGUUCUCUUUAUUUAUAGAGAAAGUCUGGGCCUGUCUGUCACAACUCUGAGGAAACGUCUAGUGUUUACUAAACGCAGCGUUAUAAUGGACAAACUCGUGCGGACAGGUCACGGCCCAGACUCACAUAAUUGCUGAUAAUUUACUGUUGUGCAUUGCAUUUAGUAAAGAUGGUUCUAUUGUGUAUCUAAUGUUUCAGCAGAAAACUGAUCUGACGGCAGAAGAUUGGCCUUUGUAUUGCUCUUCUUUUCUCUGCACCAUCUUUAAAAAAAACAAAGAAAUACAAACUGAUGAUAAUGACGGUGGGAGUGCGUUUGUGUGAUUAUACAGCAAAUGCCCACAAUUCCAUGCUUCAGUUAAUCUUGUGUAACAUGUUUUCAUAGUAAAUGCAAAUAAAUAACCCUGCAUUGCAGGGCCUUUUAGAAAAA